CAGUCACAGCGAGAGAAUUGCACUUGAACGACAGUGUUUUGAAGCGAAUUACGUGAAUUUUCAUACAAUUUCGCAAAGUUUUAUUUCAUUCAUCGAAAAUGUCAAGAAGAAUGGGAAUUAUUCCGAAACUGGUCUCACAAAUGUGGGAACAAAUGGAGCGACCACAUCGGCUUUUUGAUCAACGUUUUGGGAUGGCCAUGCAGCCGCAGUCUCUUUUUGGCCCAUCACUCUUUGAUGGUUUUUAUAACAGGAGAUCGCCCUACUACCGGCCUUGGGCUGAGUUCAUGAGAGAAGUGCAGGAUAUGGAAAAGGAGUGGGAAAAGGGCUUCUCCGUAAUCAAAGACGAUAAAGAUAAGUUUCACGUAGCUCUUGACGUGCAACAGUUCAAACCAGAGGAAAUCAAUGUAAAAGUAAUUGACAACUUCAUUGUGGUUGAAGGUAAACAUGAAGAAAAACAAGAUGACCAUGGUAUAAUCUCAAGGCAUUUCGUAAGAAAGUAUAUGGUUCCUGAACAGUGUGAUCCUGACAAAGCAGAAAGUAUGUUAUCGCCAGAUGGAAUACUUACUAUUACUGCUCCUCGAAAGCCAGAGGCUAUUGAGCAUAAGCGAGAAAGAGUCUUGAAAAUUGAAAAAUUAAGCAAGCCUGCAUUGGAAAACCAAAAACAAGAUGACAAACAAGAACAAAUAGAAAACCAAAAAGUUGCCCAGAGUCAAUAAAUUGUCAUCCUAUUCUUUUCUUUUUCUUUUAUUUAUUAUUAUUAUUAUUUAUCCAAGAUGAGUCAUAAAAUGUUGUCACUUGUUUUGUUACACUAAACAGACUUUAGAAAACUCUGUACCUCAUUAUAAUUACUUUUCAUUGUCAUUAUUAUUGUGAUAUUUAUUGAUGAGAGUGUAUGAUUCAAUUAACGUAGCAUAUAAAAUAUUAAUAUAUAAUGUAGUAUUAGCGAUGUGUU